AUGUCCGAUCUUUCCUUGGAAAAUUUGGGGAAGAUUGCCCAGAAUUGUCCCAAAUAUGGUCGUCUGAAAUCCGCUGUGGAAAAGGAUCUGGUGGGCAAAACUAAUGAUGAUUAUGUCUCCCUUUUCAAGAAAGUCUUUAACAAGCUUUCUGUGGAUGGACCUUUGGUUCUCCAAGGGGCAUCCUUGGGCCUGAUUCGAGAACUUCGACCCAUCUACGCCACAAUGGGUGUGCCCAAUGUGUUCCAAUCAGAUAAUGGGACGCCAUUUGCGUCCUCCAUGACUCGGGAUUUUUUUCAACAGUGGGGUAUUGAAUGGAGGCCUUUGUCGCCUCAUCACCCUCAGUCUAAUGGGCAUGCUGAAACGAAUGUGAAGAGCCUGAAACAUCUCUUGGCUAAAUGUGGGGGAGAAUUGGGGUCUGACGAGUUCUUGUCCGGUCUUUUAGAACUCCGGAAUACUCUGCGCACUGACGGAUUAUCUCUGGCCCAACGUCUCUUUGGACAUCCUUUACGUUCGAAAUUACCUGUUCAAUGGCGUGCUUUUCUUCCCGAGUUUCAGGUGCAAUUGGAUAUGGCCGACGUUCAACGUCUUUGCGACGAUUGA